AUGCUACAGGUUAUUGAGAUCAUUGAUUAUAAAAUAUAAGAUGUGACCAAAAGCUCAAUGGUGAUAAGACUAUUCUUCAAAGACAUAACUUAAAUCUCAAAGUUCCAGUUUAAAGAUAUGUCAUUAUUCUAUGAUAGAUUUACUAAUAGAUUUACACCAAACUAUGUUAUGUAAAGGGGAGUCCCUAGUUAGAUCUCUGAAGGGACUAACCUUAUAGCUACCCUCUUGAUGUAAAACAUAUUCCUCUUGUUAAGUCAUUUAUUAGUUCUCAAACACUCCAACACCUAUGGAGCGCUAUAAAUUCUUUUCAGAUACUUACACAUUUACCCAUGA